AUGUUACUAUCACGAGUGGGUUUAGCAACCAGUCUGCGUAUGAGCAGCCGCUUUGCUGUGCGGGCCACCGCUGCGCGAGCCACUGCUGCGCCCGUGGCUUUGCACAACGGAUACCGUUUCAAGAGCACGAUUUCCCAGGAAAUUGGCGCCAUCUCAACCCCCCCUGCCGGUGAAGUUUCUGAUGCCGUGGCCAACGCUACGUCUUCGGUGAGCGACACCAUUGCUUCGGCAACUACUUACUUGCCCAACCAGAUUGGUUACUUCCAGCAGGUUGGCUUGGCCGAAUCUUGGGUUUGGCCCAAGGGGUUUUUCCAGCACGUGUUUGAGAUUGCCCAUGCCUAUUCUGGUCUGUCCUGGUGGGCUACUAUUUUGGUGGUUACUAUUGGCCUUCGUUUCUUGAUGUUGCCCCUAUACAUUUCCGCAUCUGAUUCAACGGCCAAGAUGGCCCGAAUCAAGCCUGAGCUAACCAAGAUUAUGGAGAAGACAAAGAACGCCACUGAGCAGAUCGACAUUCAAAAGGCCAUGCUUGAACGCAAACAGUUGAUGAAGAAAGCCGAUGUCAAGGUCACCAACAUGAUGAAACCAAUUGCUUCGGUGCCUAUUUUCUUGGGUGUGUUUGGUGCUCUCACCGGCAUGUGCAAGGUGCCCGUUCCUGGUCUUGAAACCGAAGGGUUGUUCUGGUUCACUAACCUCGUGGCUGCUGACCCUUACUGUGGUCUACAGAUUAUCACCGCCUGCCUUUACUCUCUCACUUUCAUGUUGUUUGGUGGUGAGACCGGUGCGCAGGGGCUUAGUCCUGUGAUGAAAAAGGUAUUCACAUGGAUGCCCUUCAUUGCUGUGCCUUUGACAAUGUCCCUUCCUGCAUCUGUGUGCUUCUACUUUGCCAUCAACGCCGUCUUCUCCAUUAUUCAAAGUAAUAUGCUCAAAAUGCCUGCCGUUCGCAAUGCCCUGAACCUAGCUCCCAUGCUUACUCCGGCUGAGCAAAAGAAGAUCGAUGCGGAGGUCGCACGCACUCAGAGUAGCUCGAUUGUUGGUGCUUUGAGGCAAAAGUACGACGACGCCAAGCUGCAGGCAGAGAAGCGGGUGGCCCAAGAGACCAAAGCCAAGCAGGACGCUAUGAACAGAGCCGCUGCCGAUGCUAAGCGGUAUGUUCAGUACCGCAAGUAA